AUGGGCAAGAAAUACUUUGGCCUUCGCGGCCAGGCCCUUAAUUGGGCCAUCGGCACCAUUGCCGGCUGUGAUUUCUUGCUCUUCGGUUACGACCAGGGUGUCAUGGGCGGCAUCUUGACGCUCCCCAUCUUCCUCAGCCAGUUCCCCGAUAUCAAUGACAAGGAGGAGGGCCUCACCUCCUCGGAAAUGUCCAACCGCUCCACGUACCAGGGUAUCGCCGUUGCCUCGUACAACCUGGGCUGCUUCAUCGGCGCUGUCAUCACCAUCUUCAUUGGAAACCCCCUCGGCCGCAAGCGUAUGAUCUUCCUCGGAACCGCCAUCAUGGUCAUUGGCGCUGCUCUUCAAGCUUCUGCCUUCAGCCUGGAACACUUCAUCAUUGGACGUAUCAUUACUGGCCUUGGAAACGGCGGCAACACCUCAACAGUACCCAUGUGGCAAUCGGAAACGUGCUCGGCCCACAAGCGCGGCAAGCUGGUCAUGAUUGAGGGCGCUCUCAUCACCGGCGGUAUCAUGAUCUCAUACUGGGUCGACCUCGGUCUGUCUUUUGCGCCCGGCUCCGUCGCAUGGCGUUUCCCGCUGGCUUUCCAGAUCGUCUUCUGCGUCUUCAUCCUCGCCUUCGUCCUCGGCCUGCCCGAGUCCCCUCGCUGGCUGAUCCUAAAGGGCCGAGACGACGAGGCCCGCGAGGUCAUUGCGGCCAUUGCCGAUGUCGACCAGAAUGACCGAUAUGUCGACAACGAGUUCCGCGCCAUCAAGGAGACUGUCGAGGAGAUGAGCAAGGGCACCUUUGGCGACUUGUUCGCCCGCGACAAGAACCGCACUCUGCACCGCACCAUCAUCGCCUACGUCAACCAGAUGUUCCAGCAGAUUUCGGGCAUCAACCUCAUCACCUACUAUGCUGCCAAGAUCUACUCCGACCUCGGCAUGUCUCCCUUCCUCUCUCGUCUUCUGGCCGCUCUCAACGGCACUGAGUACUUCAUUGCAUCUUGGCCUGCCGUCUUUCUCGUCGAGCGCGUGGGACGUCGCAAGCUCAUGCUUUUCGGCGCUGUCGGCCAGGCCGCCACCAUGGCCAUCCUGGCUGGUGUCAACUCUCAAGAGAACAACAAGGCAUGCCAGAUUGCCGGUAUCGUCUUUCUGUUCGUCUUCAAUACCUUCUUCGCCAUCGGCUGGCUCGGCAUGACGUGGCUGUACCCUGCCGAGAUCACCCCGCUGCGCACUCGCGCGCCGGCCAACGCCCUGUCCACGUCGUCGAACUGGAUCUUCAACUUCAUGGUCGUCAUGAUCACCCCCGUCGCCUUCACCAACAUCAAGUACAACACCUACACCAUUUUCGCAAUUAUUAACGCCAUCAUGGUGCCGUCGGUGUACUUCUUCUUCCCCGAGACGGCCUAUCGAUCGCUUGAGGAAAUGGACACAAUUUUCCAUAAGGUUACCGGCUGGAAGGGCGCGUUGCAGGUUGUACACCAAGCUAGAGUCGAACCCCGGCGAUACGGCAAGAACGGCGAACUUCUCAUCGCGAUCGACGAGGUGGACGAGAAGGCCGCCACGGAGCACCGCCACGGCAGCUCGAGCGACACGGGGAGCGCUGAAGCCAGCAACGCAAUGUUCACUAACACGGACGAGGAGACGCAGCGCAAGGCGCAGCAGUAA